AUGGCCUCGAAUCCGCUCCAGAAUUCGUCGCUGCCCGCCCUGCCUCAGCAUCAGCAAAGCGAUACAGGCCUGACCUCCGCCCUGGCCAGCCGAUACCAUGCACACCUGCCCAUUGCCACACUCUCCUCACAGGGCAUCGUCGCCGUCAACACCUAUACAGAUGCCAGUCGGGGUGUCGAUGGCGGUAAAGAAGGCAGCGCACACCAGGCUGCCGAGGACCUCGCCCAACGCUCCUAUAUGCGCUUGGGCCAUCGCUCCGAAGACCAGGCUAUCGUGUUUCUGUAUGUGAAUUCCAUCUGA